UUUUUUUUGUAAGAUUGUACAAUGUAAUGUACCGUAAUUCAACCUAAUAUUAUUAUUAUUAUUAUUCAACAAUGAUUGGUUCAUAAAAUUAGUUUUAUAUAGAUGGAAUAAUUAACUUUUCAUCACCUGAAAAUUUCAUUUUCAAUUAAAUCAUAUUUGUGAACAGUGAAUGUACCAUUGGCAUAGUACAAUUUUGAAAUUCGGUUAAUUGGCACAGAGGUUUUAAUGGUAUCAUAUAAAUACACAUAUAUAUAUAUAUAAAUAGAUAUAUAUGCUAUUUGGUUUUAAACAAAUGAAUUCAUUGUGUCUAUUGUAGAUUUAAUAAAUUUUCACAGAAUUCAUUUGUACAUUGAACAUAGUCAAUAUAACAUUAGAUUGUUUCAAAUUAAUACCAGAAAAAAAAAUAAUCCAACCAUCAUUGACUUAUUGAAAAAAAAUAUGUUAAUGUAUUUAUAUGCUUUAAUGUAGACAGUAUUCUUUCAAUCUCAUGCAAUUUAUUGGAUUAAAAAUAUUAUUUCAUUUAUUUUGGAGUUUAUUUCGAUUGAGAAAAAUUAUUUUUCUGUUUGUCAAUUUAAUUUUAUUCAAUCAAGACGAGAUUUUAGGAUCAGGAUAUAAUGUCUCAUUGAAAUAUUAUCAUCCAUACUCGAGAUGGCAGAGAAGAUCGUUAACUCCUUGUGCAUGGCUUGAACGUGGUGGCUUUUUUAAUAUGCCUAAAUAUUACAACUCAUUAUCACCAUUUGCACAACGACGGCAUGUCUGUUCAGGUUAUACAAGUUGUCCACUUACAUGGCUUCCAACAAAUGAUGUUAAAUCUUUAACAUUCAAACUUAUAGGUACAGAUGAUAUGCGUGAUUAUGAAUUUCAAGCUCAUUUUUGUAACAGAAUCUAUGAAGCACGGCAUCGUUAUUGCACUAUGGAAGAAGGAGAAAUCGCAUUUGAACUGAGGCAGAUAGGGACAUGGCUGAUGGUAGAUCGCAUCAACUGUCGAUGUCUAGGCAUAGCUGAUGUUGAACGCUAUGGUUACAGUAAGGGUGUUCAGUUUGGAGACCGUGUUUUUCGCGGUAAUUAUAUACACAUGACAUGUGCAACAAAGCCUCAAUGUAAAAUAGACGAUUUUUGUUACAUUGAAACACCAAGUACAGAUGGUUAUAUUUACGGUGGUCGUGUACCAUGCAUUUGUCCAAAACAAUAUCAUUGUCCAAUUUAUUUUAUCCGAGAUAAACGUAUUCCACAAGUCAAUGAUGAUGGACGUGUUAUCAGUUACGGGAUUAAAUGUAAACGAAGAAAUUAUUGAUAAAAAUUUACAAUAUUAAAUUUUUUCGCCAAAAAUAUUUCAUCUCUUUUCUAGUUUCUGUUUUCAUUUACAUUAUUAACCUUGUAUUUCUGUUCUACGACCAACUUCGAAAUAAUUCUUCUAUUAUACAAUAUUCUUUCUGAUGUAUAUGUAUAGAGCACAAUUUUGAAUGUUAGGAGGAAAAUGAACGAUUUAUCAAUAGAGAUUGUUGUAUAAAAAUUAAAAAAAAACCUGUCAGUUUC